GAGAGAGAGAGAGAGAGAGGGAGGCUGACAGGGUAACUAAUAUCUCGCGCGAGUCAGUCAAAAGGAAAGAGACGAAAAUGAACGGAAUGAAAACCCGCGUUGUGGAUGGUACAAAUUGUUCGAAGGAACUGAAGUUCGGAGUGGAGCGUAUAUUGUCGGAUGAAAUUUCCUCGAAGAAAACAGAUAUACUUAGGCCACUUCCAGUACAAUUUUCCACGGUGCGAUGCCCUUGUCCGGGGAGUUGUGUCAGGUGCGAAGCCCUUCGAAUUUAUCCUCCGUUCUCUUACGUUCAAACUACGAUCUCUGGAAGCUAUGCAAGCACCAAUCAUGGAAACGGAGUGGUCGAAAGUUAUACCAAUAUUUAUCGACCUGCUCCCCUUCGACCUGUUCCCAGAGUUCCGUUGUCGUCCGCCUCGACACCGAGCAACCAAUCGGAGCCGAAUACCAGAAGGAAAAGAUCGUGGUCGAGAGCCGUGUUCAGUUCUCUGCAACGAAAGGGAUUGGAGCGACGAUUUUCUCUGCAAAAGUACAUCACGAAACCGGACAGGCGGCAACUCGCUGCCACUUUGGGCUUGACCGACGCACAAGUGAAAGUCUGGUUUCAAAAUCGGCGAAUGAAAUGGCGACACACGAAGGAGAGCGAGAGCGCUGUCCUGUCGAAUUCCGACUCUCAGAAGGAAUCGGCGAGAAAGUUAACGAAGGACAACGCGAAGAGCGCGACGACUGAAAAGACUGUUUCGGAGGAUGAAGAGGACAUGGAGAUCGAAGUUGACUUACCAGGGCGACCAAGCUGUUAUUUCCUUUGUGAGAGGAAACUCUUACUUUUUUUUCGCGAAGGAUCGGAGGCCAAUAAACUUCAAUUUAAAAUGCAACGAUUGUUGCCAGGUUUAGUGUCGAUUUCUCGGCAAUAUUCGGUGAUAAAGAUGUCGAAGCCUUUGGGAACAAGCGAGAGCCAGAAAUGCCUCAAUCUCGAUACUUCUGAUAUUCUCUCUGCAUCCAUGGCUCAGUCACAAACGGCUUCUGUCGUCAAUGAAUCUUUGCGCGCAGACACGAUUCCUCUGCUGGAUCACACGGCCGCGGAAGUUUCAACGACCACGUUCGAAGUGUCCACGUCAAAGGUGGAGUCGCAGAUCGUCGCCGACAAGACGCCAUUGCCGUUCGAGGAGAUCCCUGGCCCGGCGAUUCUGAAGAUGUGGGAGAAGUAUUGGAAAUACGUGCCGCUCCUCGGUACGCAAGUGCUUUCCAGUCUACUAAUCAACAGAUUCACCCAGGGACGACUGACGUGGAAUCGUAACAUCACGCCCUUAAAAUAUUUAUUCAACGAGUACGGUUGUAUCGUGAGGGUCAACGGGCCCCUUGCGGGGGACAUUGUCAUGAUUCACAGACCCGAGCACAUAGCAGAGGUCUUCAAGCAAGAAGGCGAUAUGCCUGUACGAAGUGGUAUCGAUAUUCUGCAACAUUAUCGAUUGAACUACCGCAAAUAUCGUCUCGCAGGACCGUUUUCUGUGCAGGGCACGGAAUGGAUAGAAGUGAGAGAGAAGAUAGAGCAAUUGUUCAAUCAAAUUGCCCCGAGUUUCUUCGGAAAGAUCGACGUGAUCUGCGAUGAGCUCAUUGCUAGGAUAUACAAAAUACGGAACAGACAGAACGAAGUACCUGCUUGUUUUCACGAGGACAUGAUACGCUGGGCUAUGGAGUGUUUCUGCGACGUAACGUUGAACAAGCGCCUCGGAUUCUUGGAGUCAGCUGGCUACAAUUCGUCGUCCGAAGCCACUAGAAUUAUCAACGCCUUGAUGACAGCUCACAAGUACCUGAGCCGCUGUGAAACUGGCUUUCAAGUGUGGCGAUUCUUCUUGACCCCGUACGCCAGGAAACUCUUCGAGGCUUGCGACGUACUUGACAAUGUCAUAGGGAAAUACGUCCGUCAAGCUCAAGGUAAGCUUCGAGUUCGAAAAUCUCAAGGAGAGAAGAACUUAACGACCGACGAUAGUUCACCGGUCUUGGAAAGAUUCCUCGUGAACGAAGGCAUUCAUCCAGACGACAUUUGCACGUUGUUGAUGGAUAUGAUCAUCUUAGGCGUUCAAGCGACGGCGAAUUCCGAGGCAUUCGUGUUGUAUCACUUGGCCAAGAAUCCACGAACUCAAAGAAAACUCUAUGACGAAAUCACCUCUGUCUUGCCAAAUAACGAUUCUCCUGUCACGGAGAAAGCGUUAAAAAAUAUGCCAUAUUUGAAAGCUUGCCUUCAAGAAACUUUGAGACAUUUGUCAUUAUGGCGAAUCAAAUUACUUCGCAACGAGAGGAGAACUUUGAGGAUCCAUUAAAAUUCCGACCGGAAAGAUGGCUGUCCAGUUCUGUAAAAGGAAGUACAGACUUUAGUUAUUUACCUUUCGGUCACGGUGUGAGAUCGUGCCUAGGGAAAAAUAUGGCCGAAACGGAAAUGAUGCUAGUGACAGCAAAGCUUGUACGACAAUUCAGAGUUGAAUACGAUUAUGCUGACAUCAAAGACAGUUUUAUGAUAGUGAACGUGCCCAAUAAACCGCUCCGUUUCCGUUUCGAGAAUAGGUAUUAAUCUACUAUAUGGUAUGUAAUAAAGUAUCGAUUAUUGCAGAGAACCGCAAUAGAGAUAUAUUUUAUUUCUUGUUAUUAAGUUAGCGCUUCGAAUACAGUGAAACGUAAUUUAAAAUAUGUAACAGUAGUUGUGUGAUUUGUCGCUGAUUUUUAUCAUAUUCAUUACGUCGAGAGAAAGAGAAAUAUUGUUAGAAAGAAUUUAUCAUGUAUUUGAGACUGAUUAUGUACGUGUAAUGUAGCUUUCAAUGUUAAAAUGCAUAAAGAGCCUGUAAAAUAGAGAUUGAAAGACAUCUUCAAAUGCUGUUUCCAAAUUAUUAUUUUUAUUAUUUAUUUUUCACUUAUUAUUAUCUCUAUUUAUUUUCACUUAUUAUUAUUUUAUUAUUUAUUUUAUUAUUAUUUUUCACUUAUUUGUUCACAAAAUUUCAAGGAUCAGACACUUUGGAAACAAUAGUAAGUUUCUGAUAUCUCUGGAUUUGACAUCGUCUCAAUUUAUACGUGUGUUUAUAUAACGUAUAUGUGAAACAAUACGUUAUAUAAACAAAGUAUCUCUUUUGAGUUAACUUAUAACUUAUCUUUUUUUGUCAUUUUGUUAGCGAUGAAAUUGGCGAAGCAGGUGAAGGUGUUAGCAGGUGA